AAUCGCAUCGAUUUGUGUUUUCGGUCGGACCAUUACAUAACUACUAGCCAUGUCUCAGCCUCCAGUCCGUGUCUCGCCGCUGAUCAAGCUCGGCAGAUGGUCCCUGUUGCUCGUGGGCAUUGCCUACGGCGCCGCCCACCAGAGCCGCCUGUCCAAGAAGGAGGAGAAGGUCCGCGAGAUCGAGGCACAGCAGAAGGUGGUCCGCGAUGCAAAGUUGGCCGAAGAGAAGAAGCGCAACGCCGAAGCCGAGGCCCGGGCACUGGCCGAGCUAUCCAAGCCCACACCCAAGCAUUAGAGCCCGCAAAUAGUUUGUUAAGUUAGACACCACUCCAACCACAACAACACCAACAACAGCAACUGCAGUCAAACAUACAAAUUUCAUGAACAGGAGCAGGAGCAGCGGCAGCAGCAGGUCGCAGCAACGAUCGUGGCCAACUAUCGGCUGCAACUAUCGAUCGUUCUUGUGUGUUUUUCUCUGUGCAAAAAAUGUACGCAAUUAAAUGAAUGAUUGGAAAACAAACCAUUAUGCAAGUGA